AGCAGCUGUGACUGCAAAUCACUCCACGAAAACAGGAAACCCUCAGAUGGCACAGCCCCUUUGCCAUUCCUCGAUCAAUAGCACUGAGAGCAAUGCCUGUAACAUGCAUCCAGGACAGCAAGAGAGCUUUUGCAUGCAACUGCAGCGAGUGUUCAUUUUUAAGCUGGUCUCUUUGCCUCUCGGUGGAACGCAGAGAUUACACACGGCCGGCGUCUUCCCCGGUCCCGCCCCGUCGCUAUGGCGGCUCAUCCGAUCUGGAGGAUGCUCGGGAGCCGCCACCUGCUCGUCCUGCUCCGCUCCCCGCUGCCGAGCGCCGGCCGCGCCCGCGCUGCGCACAGAGGCACAGCCAUUCAGUGGGAUCUAUCUGAAUAACACAGAAUCAGGAAUAUACUGCUGCGUGUGCUGCAAUGCCCCACUCUUCAGCUCAGAGAAGAAGUACAAUUCUGGGACUGGAUGGCCAUCUUUUUCUGAGGCUUAUGGUGCUUGUGGCAGAGAUGAAAGCAAUACCAAUAUCAUGAGACGACCAGAUAAUUCACUGGGAUCAACUAGAACUGAAGUUGUCUGCAAACAGGUGCGGGUAAUCGCAUGAGGAGCAAAUUCGGCGUUCGGCGGAGCAGUCUCCGGACAAGGAGGCGGUGGCCAAAGAGCUCGGCGGGAAGUAGGAGGAUGCUGAGCCCUGGACGUGAACAAACCACCCUCCCAGAAAGCAGCAGCUUCGUGUCAUUGCACUAAAAUGACACGAUCUCAUGAAAUACACGGUACCACCAAGUGAUGACAGCAGAACUAUGGACGCAAGCUGGAGACGAAUGGGGAAACAUUUCCUCCAGCAGCUGAUGGCAAAACUUAGCAGGUGCUGUAGGUAGUGCGCUAUGUCUUCAUAUCUCAAGCAAACACUCAACUUCUUCAUUUAAGUCUCUCUCUGAGAUCAUAAAAAAUAGGAUGCAAUAUCUUAAAAAGACUAAUGACAUUUCACAGGUAAUGCAAUUUAGAAAGAAACACUUCCAUGUUUUCUUUUCCAACAAUGUGCAUUUUUGUAAACUGCUAUAAAUUGCAAUUCAAAAGCCCUGAUCUCGCCAUCCCCAAUCAUUUUUUAUACUGAUCAAAUGAAUGCAGAUACUCCCAUUUGGGAGGGGCGACAUGACAUUUCACUUGGCAGUUCUAAACAGGUCACAGACCUUUCACAGACCCUAAGGCAGUGGGAGGGAGCUCUUUACGAAACCGUGUAACCAAAUCAAACCAAUGGUUACCCCUUUUCAAUACCAUUGGAAUGGUUUGCACAAUGCUAUUCACAUAGCAGCAGAGAAACUGAAAGGAUGGUCAUCCAAUGGAAAUUUCUUUUCUUUUGUUUAAACUUGUGGAGCUCAAAAAAAAAAAAAAAAAAAAAAAACCAAAAAAACAAAAAAACCCCACCAAAACCCAAAACCAAACCCCAAAACCCCCCUGGAAAACAAUUACUUUUUGUAUGACAAAAAGCCAAACACUUCUACGUACAGACGUACGUGUACACCAGGGCCUUCAGCGCGCCUGGAUGUUUAUACAGAUAUAGUCACGCAUCUGUGUGUGGGGAUGUACAUUUAUUGGAGAUGUUGCUUUGUUUGAAGCCAUAGGCACAAAGACACAACAUGGCUGCCCUGGAGAUGACCUAUUGCUUUCAAGUUGCUUGAACACAUCAGAAUUUCUAUUGUUGAGGUUGAUUAAUUGUAACUGAUAAGUUACCAUGAAUAAAGAUUGUUUUUCUGUUUAAUGUG